CCCAGACUCUUACAGAAAAGCCCAGGUCCUAUAGCGAGGCCCAGGCUCCUGCAGAGAAGCCCAGGUCAUAUAGAGAAUCCUAGGCUCCAACAGAAAAGCCCUGGUCCUAUAGAGAGGCCCAGGCUCCUACAGAAAAGUCCAAGUCUUAUGGAGAAACCUGGGAUCCUAUAGAGAAACCCAGCUCCUGUAGAGAGCCUCAGGCUCCUACAGAGAAGCCUAGGGUCCUAUUGAGAAACCCAGGUCCUACAGAGAAGCCUGGGAUCCUGUAGAGAAACCCAAGUCCUGUAGAGAGGCUUGAGCACCUACAGGGAAGCCCAGGCUCCAAUAGAGAAGCCCAGGAUCGUAUAGAGAAGCCCCGGUCUCGCAGAGAAGCUUGGGAUCCUAUAGAGAAACCCAGGUCUUGUAGAGAGGCUUGAGCGCCUACAGAGAAGCUCAGGAUCCUAUAGAGAAACUAAGGUCCUGUAGAGAAGCCUGGGCUCCUAUAGAGAAACCCAGGCUCCUACAGGAAAGCUGAGUGUUCCCACAUUAAAUCUCUCUCUUGACAGGUGCUGAGCCAGGAUGGGUUUUGCCGAAGACAAAGUGUAUGACUACAUUUUGAAAAACCUCAAGAAAUUCAAGAACAUCCGCGUGGCAUCGCUGACUGAUUCCCUGAGCUGCCUGACUGAUGACGACAGAGAUGAACUCCACGCCCGGGAGGAAACGCGGGGAAGUCACGCGACCGUCUAUCGGUUUUACCAGCACCUGAGAUGCUGUCAGGGCUGGGUGCCGGAUCUCAUCGAUGCGCUGCGCCACAACAACGCAGGACACCUGGCUGAUGAGCUCCAGCACGUCUAUGACUCCUGGCAACCCCGUCCCCCAGCUCCUGCUGCUGGCACCUUCCCUCCUGCAGCCAGUGCUGCCCAUCCCGCCGUAUCCUCUGUUGAUGCAAACAUGCCAUCCCUGCAGCCAAACCCUGCUCCGGGUGCCCCGUUGGCUGAACAAGUGUGCCAAGAGCUGCCCAUCGGUGGCCAUUCACCUCUCCCACCCGGUGCUGCCACCACCAUGAGCACAGACUUGGACGCCAGGGCCCCAGUGCAGGAAUCGCUCCCCAAAAACCUCCUGGACCAAGAGAGUCCCCAUCCACCUCCACCUGGGAGUAUGGUCUGUGACGGAGUGAGCGAUGGUGGAGAGGGGCAUCUCCCACACCCCAUCAAGGCUGUGGAGGUGGCAGCAGGGACCCCCGUGGCAGGCAGUGUGGCCACACCAUCACCUGAUCCUCCCGAGCGGGGCCGGGACUGGCUGAGCCGCCAGCAGCACCCAGUCUGUGUGGACAACGGGUACUUCGGGAACGCCAACCACCUGCACCGUGGCUCGCCGGCCUUGGGUCUGGGCAGAUCUUUUGCGCCGAGGAACAUGGGUGCUUCUCGCAGGAACGAGCAGCCCAGGAACGAGCCUGAAGAGAACUCCUACAUCUCCACUGAGUCACCUCUGAGGCUGGAGGAGGCACCUCGCAGCAAGGAGCCACAGCCACCAGCCUCACCACCAAAAAAACAGGCUGUGCCUGGCUUCGAGCACUGUGAGCCCCUGGGAAGCUUUGUGGAUGUGCGCAGCCCCCUCCUCAUCCAGCAGCAGUUUGAUGUGGAACAGAAGCAAAUCAGGAUACUACAAGAGCGUGGAGAUGCUCAGAUGGAAACAACCACGCCAGUCACCACCCCUGCGCCCAGAGAUGCUUUCCCAUCGUGUGACACCUCUGUGAAGCCUCCCGUGCAGGAGACAAAACCGCCCACGGGGAAGAUGGCCAGCAUGACCCUCUCUAUGGCGAUGAAGGAGAAAGUGCUCCCAGCCCCAGCGGAGCCUCUCCUGACUGUUGCAGGAAGCUCUGAAGGCACGCCUGGGAGGACAGCCUCCCAUGUCAGCUCUGCCACAAGCAUUUGGACAUCCUACAACAAUGUGGAGAUGGAUGUAGAACUCAGCAAGCCGGGUGUCCUCCUCUCCGUGUCCAAGGAGGGCCCAGAGGCAGCUGAGAGACACCUAAACUCUCAGAGGCCUAGCGGUCCUGAUUCUGGGGCAUCUAGUAGCCUCACCUUCAGUAGUGACCCGCUCAUGGUGAGCACAGAUAGCUUGAGCUCAGGAGAAACGCUCUCCAGAGUCUCCUUGAGACGCCCGGCUCCAGCAACUAAUGAAGACCCUGGGGGAGAGAGGGCAGCUGGAGCAAGCAGAGACUCCUGUCCAUCUCCAAGCUUGGACAGCACCUCCUUGGGCACCCACGAGAUCCAUGUGGACCAUUACCCCAGCACCCAGCUUGAGGCAGGCAAUGACCUCCGAGAUGGAACCAGUCCCCUUGGAAACUCUCAGGUUUUUGACUCUAGCAGAAGCCAUGAUGCUGCAAAGAGCUCAUCCCAGGCCAAAGGUCCCCCAGGGGACAGCAAUGAAUCGUCCCUGCUGUAUGUUGUUACAGCUGUGGCCAUUGCCGUCAUUUCAGUUACAGUGUUUCUCGUGUAUGCUCGCUUGCGGAAAUAGCACUGGAGAGGAUGGGAUGCCACAACCAUCGCUUGGUCUGGGCGAUUCUUCUUUGUAGCAGGGAAUUUAGCCAACAUGUUUGAAGCCUGAAGAGCAGGGGAGGGGGGAUGGUAGGGGCAUUGUUAAAUCUCUUUCUGUAAGAUUUUGCUGGAAGAGGCCUUGGUUGUGUGAUGCUGUUGGGUUUGAGUUUGUUCCCUCCCCAUUUCCCACCAUCAUCUUUUCUGUAGUCUUCUCCUUUAACACCCAUAAUCUCACUUGAGGAGUGAUCCCUUGAGUCAAAAAGAAAGUCCUCGUGGUGACUGAGCAGCCUGAUCCAGUGGGAGGUGUCCCUGCCCAUGGCAGACAGGUUGGAAAUGGAUGAUCUUUAAGGUCUCUUCCAACCCAAACCAUUCUAUGAUUAUCCAUGUCUUCCUUGUUUGGUAGGAGGCCCCAGGGUAAUACGUCCUGAUGGUCCAAAGGGUGACCACCUUGGGUCCAUCUGGGCAGUGCUGUGAGGAGAGGUUUUGAAAUUGAGCUGAUUUUGUUGGCUCAGCUCAUCUCAGCUUGAAAAUGUGCCUGAAGGUCUUCAGCAGCCUUCACCAGGCACCUUAUGUUGAAUUUGCCUUACUUGGUGUCUCAGCUCUGCUGCUGGAACCUUGGUUUGUCUCUGCUCCUCCUUUCCUCUGAUGCAGCAAGUGACCAAGCCUUCUGCUCAUUCAUGACAAGAGACGCCCCUGGGAUGAGAAUGUGCCAGACCAGAGCACAUGCAAGCUGUCACCUCUCCUAGGAGCUGUUAUCCUGCUUUCGUGCUUUGCUUUAGAGCAUUCUCCCCUGGUACUGAGGGUCAGGGCUGGGCUGUGGGAUCACCUCAUGCAGCGCUGACGCCCUGGAGAUGAAGUUGAGGGGUACAGAGGAGCCACAUCUAACCGGCUUUCUUAGGGGGUGUACAAGAAAGCUGGGGAGGGGCUUUUUACAAGGGUGUGGAGUGAUAGGACAAGGGGGAUGAUUUAGGUUAGACAUUAGGAAGAAAUUCUUCAUGAUGAGGGUGGUGAGGCCCUGGCAGAGGUUGCCCAGAGAAGUUGUGGCUGCCCCAUCCCUGCAGGUGUUCAAGGCCAGGUUGGAUGGGGCUUUGAGCAGCCUGAUCCCGUGGGAGGUGUCCCUGCCUAUGGCAGGGGGUUUGAAACUGGAUGGGCUUUGACGUCCCUUCCAAUCCAAACCUUUCUAUGAUUCUGUGAAUUUCCUUGCUGUCCCCAGGGAUCAGCUUGGAAUGCGAGGGGAUUGGGCUGCAAGAUUUCUAAGAUAAAAUCCUCAAACCCUAAUAAAUAUGUCCAUGUUACCCCUGCCUGGGGCAGCAUUUGGGGGCAGAAGCAGCCCCACUUGCUCACUGUUGGCACACAUUUCUAGCUCUAGGCAGAGUUUAGUGGUCCCCAGCCAGACUGCUGCUGCUUUUGUUGCUGCAGCUGCAGGCUGUUCUCUGUCUCCUCUGUUCCCUGCAAAGCGCAGGGGCACAAAAGGAACAAAACUACCUUUUUUUUUUUGUAGUUAGAGGGUUAUUGUAGCUAGAGGUUUUCUAUUUUUUUAAAGCUCUAAAGACAAAAGCACAGAUUUUCAGGUGUUCCCACUCUCCUGUGGUUUGCUGGUAAAAUGGGAGCUGUGGCAGGAGGUAGGACUGGGCAAAACAUUUGGCAGUCUGGUGGUGCAUUUGCACAGCGCUCGUACAUGGGCUGGCACGGUUUGAAUCUGGUGAGCAUGGAAGGAUGCCCUGGGCUUUAAACCAUUGCCUGGUGUUGAUGGCUGGGCUGCAAUCCUAAUCCAGGCUGUUGCUUUUUCUCUGCUUUAGUCUGUUCAGUAACUUUUUACCCCUGGAUAAGCUGUUUUGUAGAGCUUCCUGAAACAGGACCUUCCUGCUGGCAGAGGAGAAGUAGGAGAUGAGCUCCCUGGCUGAAAAGUGUGGCCAAUAUGCUCAGAGCUUGGCCUGGGGUGGGAAGGGUCCCUCAGCCC